GUUUGUGCGAUCGUUAUCCAGUUAUCGAGACGCGACGCUUGCAACCUGGACGUUGGAGAAUACGUACGUUUGGGCGCCCUCUACAGAAAACAACGUCAAUACUGUUGGGCUUCUGUUGCCAAGUUAUCUAGGAAAGGAAUUCCGAAGUUCUGACAGCGUCAUAAGUACUCAUUAGUAUCUCACCAUGAGUAAACAACAGCUAGACAGACUUUAUCCUCUGGCCAUUGCAGCCACAGCCUUGACUGUGUACAGUACCUCCUUAGGGGGGAGCCUCGUGUUUGACGACGUAGCCGCUAUUCAGGAAAAUCGCGACGUGCGGCCUUCCAGCUCAUUCCUUAAUCUUUUUCUCAAUGAUUUCUGGGGAACUCCAUUGCACAAGGAGCAAAGCCACAAGUCAUACCGUCCAUUCACUGUCUUGACAUUCCGACUCAACUACGCCGUCCAUGGUCUGCAGCCUUUGGGUUAUCACGUGAUCAAUGUUCUUCUCCAUGCCUUAGUGUGCGUCUUGUAUUACAGACUAUGCCUCUUCUUCUUGCCUCGUGCUGUCAGUUUUGUUGCCGGCAUUUUGUUUUCCGUCCAUCCGAUACACACAGAAACAGUGGCCGGUAUAGUUGGAAGAGCCGAACUCCUCUCGGCUGUCUUUUACCUGAGUGCCUUGUCUCACUACAUGAGGGUUAGACAGCAUAACGACUUCGCCGUGUGGCGUUGCUGUGCAGAAACAGCAGCACUUGCAGUGUGUGGAACACUUUGUAAAGAACAGUGUUUGACCGUUUUGGUGGUGUGUAGUAUCUACGAGCUUCUCUCCACGAAGGUGUGGAAGUGGAUUUUGCUGGGCAGGGGAAUGGCGUUGUCAUGGAUACGAAAAUCCCUAGCGAGAGUUGGAUAUUUAGGGCUGACCGCCCUUAUAGUUAUAAUAUUACGUUUUAAGCUGAUGGGAUCCCAUUUGCCACAGUUCAACAGGUUUGACAACCCGGCUUCAGUUGCUCGCUUUCCUACACGACACCUCACAUUUAGUUAUUUGUGGUCAGUAAAUGCCUGGCUUCUACUUUUUCCUUGUGAUCUUUGUUGUGAUUGGACCAUGGGCACCAUCUCCUUACUGACGUCAUUUAGGGACCUAAGGAAUACUUCUACUUUAUGUUUUUGUGUCUUCGUAAUUCUUUUAUUACGGUUUUCUUGGUUUACAGAACAAAAUCAAAGAGUAACUGUUAUAAUGGCUUUGUCUAUGGCUGUUGUCCCUUUUCUACCAGCUUCCAAUAUUUUGUACCAUGUUGGAUUCGUUGUUGCCGAGCGCGUGCUCUACCUUCCGAGUAUGGGCUUCUGCAUGCUCAUCGCCAUGGGUUGGAGUCAUUUAUGGCAAGAUAAGCGCCUGAGAGGGCUAGCUACCAUUGGUUUCGUUAUUCUGGUGUCUAUUCACGCAAUGAAGACGGUUUUAAGGAACAGAGAAUGGAAGUCAGCAGAAACGCUGUUUACGUCUGGUCUCCGAGUCAACCAGAAAAAUGCCAAACUUUACAACAAUUUGGGUAAAGCCUUAGAAGAACAAGCUAAAUAUGAGGAGGCCUUACAGUAUUUUCAACAAGCAAUUAGAAUUCAGCCUGACGAUAUACGAGGAUACCUCAAUUCUGGUCGGGUGUUUACGCGCAUGAAGAAGUAUCAAGAAGCCGAACUGGUCUACCUCAAGGCUAAAUCCCUCUUUCCUCAAGUCUGUAGUGUCAAAUCAUCAGAAAGCCGAGUUACUCAGUCUCACCUACAGCUGUUCCUGAAUCUUGCGUCACUAAUUUCACGCAAUCACACGAGAUUAGAGGAGGCCGAUGCGCUAUAUCAAGAGGCUAUCAAACUGCGAUCUGACUACACUGGAGCGUAUCUAAAUAGAGGAGACUUCCUGAUUAAAAUGAACAGAACGAAAGAGGCAGAAGCUAUGUAUGAACAAGCGUUACAGUUUGAUACUCACAACCCAGACCUUUAUCAUAAUCUAGGUGUGUUGCUGAUGGAUCAACGAAAGAGUCAAGAGGCUUUAGCCAUGUUUAAUAAAGCUUUAGAUAUCGACCCAGAUCACGAAAAAUCGCUAAUAAGCUCUUCCAUUUUGAUUCAAGAAUCCGAUAUGGCCCUCCAUCACAAACAGCUAGCGAGUGAAAGGUUACAGAAAAUGGUAGACGGAGGUAAACAAAAUGAGCUCAUUUACUUCAAUUUGGGGAUGCUAGCUAUAGAAAAUAAAGAUGUGCAUGGAGCUGAGCAAUGGCUAAACAAAGCUUUACAGGUACGUCCAAACCUCGGAAGUGCUUUGUUCAAUCUAGCGUUGCUUUUAUCAGGAGAAAGCAGACCACUGGAAGCUUUUGUCUAUCUUAAACGACUUCUACAGAGUCAACCAGAUCAUGGGAAGGGUUUGAUUCUGAUGGGAGACAUAUACAUCAAUCAUUUUGGAGAUCUGGGAGCAGCGGAAGAGUGUUACAUGAAAAUCCUCCAAUCAGAUCCCGGCAAUAUCCAAGGCCUGCAUAAUCUGUGUGUAGUGUACUACCGACGACAACGUUUGGUGGAGGCCGAGGCUUGUUUUCAGAAAGCACUUAAGCUCAGUCCGAAUACAAAAUACAUCCGACAACAUCUAGAGGUAACAAGACGUCAGCUCCGACAGAUGGCAGCACAGGUCAAUGAAAAAGAUCAUUUAAAUAACAUGGACGUACCACGUGAUUCAGGUGUUCUUCAGCAGCUACCAUCGUCUCCAGCGUUCAGGUGAUCUGAAGACUAAUAUAAGAUGUCUGUUGUCCAGAAAGCAAAUAGUACAUGAUUAAAACUACAAAGAUAUAAAAUCAUCAACUUGCAUUAGGUAUUCGUGAGAUGGGGCAGCCAUAUUUACUGUACUUGUCUUUAUGAACGAAAAUAUUAAAACAUUAAUGCAUUAAAAACAUGGAAAGUUAUAAGACUUACUUGAGAGGAGUUUUUCCUUUAAGAAAAUGAAGAAAUGGGUCGGAAAGUAUACAAAAAUGUGCCAACAUUAGAUAUUCAAUUCAAGCCCUUAACCUUUACAGGUAUUUGUUUUAUUUUACUAAAUUAUUAAAUGGUGUUUUUCAGUGCAGUAAAUAUUCCCAGUAUGUGAUCAUGACACCUUUCUUAAAAAAUACAAAUGUUUCCAUGAUAAUUAAUGGAAACUGUGAUAAUUCGUCUUUUUUUUUUUUCGUGAAAACU